AUGGUGAUUGGUGGACAUGGUGAUAGUGCACCAAUAAUGGUAAAUUGGUGUGAUUGGUGCAGUUGGCGCAAUUUUAACCAUUUGUGGAAUUGGCGAAUGGUGGAUGGUCGAAUUGGCGAAUGGUGCAAUUCACCAAUUGGUGUAGUUGGUGCAAUUUCACCAAUUGGUGUAGUUGGUGCAAUUUCACCAAUUGGUGUAGUUGGUGCAAUUUCACCAAUUGGUGUAGUUGGUGCAAUUUCACCAAUUGGUGUAGUUGGUGCAAUUUCACCAAUUGGUGCAAUUGGUGCACCAAUGACCAAAUAUACCAAUCACACCAAUUGGCGAAUUCCACCAUCACCAUUCGCCAAUUCCACCAUCCACCAAUUCAACAAAUUCCACCAAUGGUUAAAAUUGCGCCAACUGCACCAAUCACACCAAUUUACCAUUAUUGGCGCAAUUGGUGUGAUUGGUGCACUAUCACCAUGUCCACCAAUCACCAUCCAAUCACCAUCCAAUAUUCACCAUCUAAGCCAACACCUUAACCAUAUUACAAAACCCCUACUCACCAUGAGUAAAUUGACCAUCGGAGUCGAGUCGAGUCGAAAAAACCAUUCGACUCGACUCGAGUCAUUUUCUAAUCGACUCACCUUUUCGACUAAACGACUCGAGUCGUUAGUCGAGUCGAAAACAGCUGUCUUAUCGACUCCGAGUCGACUUGAGUCGACUUGA